UUGCGCCGCGCCGAGCGGGGCCCGCAGGCGGACGGCGAGCAGCGUGCCCGGGUGCUGCGCCUGAUCGAGAGCGGCAAGCGGCAGGGCGCGCGGCUAGUGGCGGGCGGCGAGCGCACGGGCCACGUGGGCUACUUCGUGCAGCCGACCAUGUUCUGCGACGUGGGCGACCACAUGGACAUCGCGCGCCGAGAGCUUUUCGGGCCAGUGCGGCAGAUCAUGAAGUUCUCGCAGAUCGACGACCUGCUGGAGUGCGCCAACGACACGCACUACGACCUCGUCGCCACCAACUUCACCGGGGACUUGGACAGGGCCAACUAUUUUACCCAGGGCUUGCGCGCCGGCACCGUUUGA